CCCCCGCCCCGCCCUUCGGUGUGUGGCCCCGGCCGCCAUGUUGUUGUGGUUGUGAGGAGGGAGGCGGAGGCGCCGAGCUGCAGAGCCGAGGGGAAGGCGGCGGCAGAAGCAGCAGCGACGACGACGCCGAGGGGAAGCCGAGCGACCACCCCCCUCCGAGCCGCCGCCGCCGCCGCGCCCCGUUGGGGGGUGGGGAGGAGGGACCCCCGCCAUGGCCGGCCGCUGCCACCGCCGCUGGAUAAAAGGAACCAAUUACCUUGACUUAAAAAAGAACAUUGAGGAUGCUGAAGGGAUCUAGAAGACAUAUGAAGAAAGGCUGAAGGAACUUUUGAAGUAACAGAACAUUGAACCAACGCCUGGAAUUUUUGGAAGGAAUAUUCUGGUACUAGCUGAUUGUUACAUGAUAUACAGCGCUACAGACAAUUGAAAGCAGGGACAAGGCUCUGCCUAUUAACCUGGCUCUGUCAUGGAUGAAGAGACUCAACACAGCCUUGAAUGCAUCCAAGCUAAUCAGAUCUUCCCCAGGAAGCAGCUGAUCCGUGAGGAUGAGAAUCUCCAGGUCCCGUUCCCCGAACUUCAUGGGGAGAGCACUGAAUACGUAGGUCGAGCUGAAGAUGCCAUCAUUGCACUUUCCAACUAUAGACUUCACAUCAAAUUUAAGGAAUCAAUUGUGAAUGUUCCAUUGCAGCUUAUAGAGAGUGUUGAAUGCCGGGAUAUAUUUCAGCUUCACUUGACUUGUAAGGACUGCAAAGUUAUCAGAUGUCAGUUCUCUACUUUUGAGCAGUGUCAAGAGUGGCUUAAACGGCUGAACAAUGCCAUCCGCCCUCCUUCAAAGAUAGAGGAUCUCUUUUCAUUUGCUUACCACGCCUGGUGUAUGGAGGUGUAUGCUAGUGAAAAAGAACAGCAUGGUGAUUUGUGUCGACCAGGAGAACAUGUAAGUUCGAGAUUUAAAAAUGAGGUUGAACGGAUGGGUUUUGAUAUGAACAAUGCCUGGAGGAUCUCCAACAUCAACGAGAAGUACAAGCUCUGUAGCAGCUACCCUCAAGAACUCAUAGUUCCUGUUUGGAUCACAGACAAAGAGCUGGAAAGUGUGGCAGGCUUCCGAUCUUGGAAACGCAUCCCUGCUGUGGUUUACAGGCAUCAGGGCAAUGGGGCGGUCAUUUCCCGUUGUGGGCAGCCAGAGGUCAGCUGGUGGGGCUGGAGAAAUGCUGAUGACGAACAUCUUGUCCAGUCAGUGGCCAAAGCUUGUGCCUCAGAUUCCAAGUCUAACAGCAGUAAACUAGUGAAUGGAAACUGUUCAAGAGAUUUCUCCAAUGGAGGAGACCUCUCUGAUGUAGAAUUUGAUUCCUCCAUCUCCAACGCUUCAGGAGCAGAAAGUCUAGCCAUUCAGCCUCAGAAACUUUUGAUCUUGGAUGCACGCUCUUAUGCAGCUGCAGUGGCAAACAGGGCCAGGGGAGGCUGCGAAUGCCCAGAGUAUUAUCCAAACUGUGAAGUAGUGUUUAUGGGAAUGGCAAACAUCCAUUCUAUUCGGAAGAGCUUUCAGUCGCUGCGUUUGCUCUGCACACAAAUGCCGGACCCAGGAAACUGGCUGUCAGCUCUGGAAAGCACCAAAUGGCUGCAACAUUUGUCUGUCCUUCUGAAAUCGGCACUUCUGGUAGUUCAUGCAGUGGACAGAGAUCAGCGGCCCGUCUUGGUACACUGCUCAGAUGGCUGGGACAGAACCCCGCAGAUAGUGGCUCUGGCUAAGCUGCUGCUGGAUCCAUAUUACAGGACCAUUGAGGGUUUCCAGGUGCUUGUGGAGAUGGAGUGGCUGGAUUUUGGCCAUAAGUUUGCCGAUCGCUGUGGUCAUGGUGAGAAUUCGGAUGACCUGAAUGAACGAUGCCCAGUGUUCCUGCAGUGGCUCGACUGUGUCCAUCAGCUCCAGAGGCAGUUCCCCUGCUCUUUCGAGUUUAAUGAAGCAUUCCUUGUCAAGUUGGUGCAGCACACAUACUCCUGCCUCUUUGGUACAUUCCUGUGCAACAACGCGAAGGAGAGAGGUGAAAAGCACACCCAAGAGAGGACCUGUUCAGUUUGGUCUCUGCUGCGAGCAGGAAACAAAGCCUUCAAAAAUCUGCUUUACUCCUCCCAAUCAGAAUCUGUGCUGUAUCCUGUGUGCCACGUGCGAAACCUCAUGCUGUGGAGUGCCGUUUACUUGCCAUGUUCUUCCCCUUCGACCCCUGCGGAUGACACCUGUGCCCCUUACCCAGUCCCAGGUUCCAGCCCUGAAGAUCAGCCUCUGGGCAGGCUGCCAAAGACAAGGUCAUUUGACAAUCUGACAAUGGCUGGUGACAGCAGCGUACCGACAACCAACCGGCGUAGUAGCGACCCCAGCCUCAACGAGAAGUGGCAGGAGCACCGCCGGUCCCUGGAGCUGAGCAGCCUUGGGAACCCGGAGGACGACCCCUUUGACGGAGAAUGUGUGAGCAAACAAGGCAGGACUCUGGUUGGAGCAGAGCUUUCAGUGGCUGUAGCAGAGGGGCAGAUGGAGAACAUUUUGCAAGAGGCUACCAAGGAGGAAGUGAGCCUGGAGGAGUGUGUGAGGGGCGUUCCAGAAACGGCAAGUAAAGAAGGGGGAGAGGACACUGCUCUUGAUAAGGAAAGCAGGACUGAGAACCUGGACAGCUCUACUGAUAACAUGGGUGGGAAGACCGAACUGGAUACAGCAACUUUAUUAGACAAUCCAGUUUCCAGCCCACAGAUGGAUUUACAGGGUGCUUUUGAGCUUCAGGGGCAAGAUGAGCUCCAUUACGAUGUCCAGAAACCAUCUCAGGUGAAGGAACUACGGCCUGGCUUUUUGGGCAAUGCUGUAAAUAGUAAUAUUCAAAGAUCAGAGGAGGACAGUGUUAGUAGGCUACCUGUAGAGGUCAAAAUCCCUCAGGGCACUCCCCAGCCCAGCCUCCCAUUUCCUGUCCUGCAUGAGAUGGGAACAUCAAACAUGGAGAGCUCUACGGAAACUUUAACAGAGAAUGGGGCAAAGACGGAGCUGAUCCAGAAUGUCUCUUGCCAUUGGCUCCAUCCCAUGGACAACAGUGCUGGCGAACUUUCCCGCACUGUCGAAAGUCGGCCUGAGAACGAGGACUCAAUAGAGCUACACAAACUGGCAGCGGACCUAAACAGGACUACUAAGAGCAGCAGCUUACAUGACCCAAUGCCUUCACCUUGUGCCUUGCCUUUAGCUGACUAUAAAGAGAUUGUGUGCAAUGGAGAGCUGGAGCCUGAGAACAAGGUGGCAGAGAGCCCGGCAGGGUUCAGUGUUACCCAGAAAUACCCUGCACCAAACGGACACUGUGUGAACGGGGAGGAAGGCAGGGUAAAGGCUUCCCUCAGCCGACAGGUCUCUGCAGCUAGCUGUAGUUCUGCCCCGCUGCAUCUGAGGAAUUUGCACCACAAGUGGGUUCAUGCUAUUCCAGGCCGGCAGCAGACAGCAAGCAGCCCGGACCAGCCUGCCCGGAGUCACCUGGAUGACGAUGGGAUGCCAAUCUAUGCCGAUGUCAUUCAGCAGCGCCUCCGCCAGAUUGAAAGUGGGCACCAGCAGGAAGUGGAGACUUUAAAGAAGCAGGUGCAGGAGCUGAGGAGCCGUCUAGAGAGCCAGUACCUGAACAGCUCGCUGCGUUUCAACGGGGAUUAUGGGGAUGAAGUGGUGACACGAUGGCUUCCCGAUCACCUGGCUGCACACUGUUACGGCUGCGACAGUGCAUUCUGGCUUGUCAGCAGGAAGCACCACUGCAGGGACCCUGACCGUGUUGAUCAGACUUGGAAUUGUGGGAAUGUCUUUUGCUCCAGCUGCUGUAACCAGAAGGUGCCGGUCCCCAGCCAGCAGCUCUUCGAACCCAGCCGGGUCUGCAAAUCCUGCUACAGCAGCUUGCAUCCCAGUAGCCCCAGCCUUGACCUCGAACUGGACAAACCUAUUGCUGCCACCUCAAACUGAGGCUCCAGCGUGGAAGGAAAGCUGGGAAGAGACAGCACCACCUCUCCCUGCUAAGCAGAUACGCACAUUUCUCUGCUGACUGAAGCUGGUAGGACUGGAGAGAAGCCUUGCACUCUGGAGUCGGGAGGAGAGAUGACAUGCUCAGAGGGACAGGAUGCUGGGCCUGUACUAGUGGAGCAGAAAGCCCUCCUUUCCAGCUGUUCCUCCCAGUGUCAUUUUCAUCCACCUCAUGUAAAUUUUGUGUGGAUUUUGCUGGGAGACGACGAAAAGAGGGUCUGGAAUCUUCCCCGCUGGCAUUUCUGUUGCCCUGCUGUCAGAACUGUGCUGCAGACGGAUGAUUCUACCUUGCUGUGAGAGGAAGGGAAAUCGGUCCAGGGACCUUGUGAAUACCUUGUAGCGUCAGUGCUUAUGCUUUCUUUUCCCCCAGUCACUCCUGUUGCUUCCCAACAGCAACCUGCUGUUUGGGAAGUUGUUGCUGCUAGAAGAAAUGGGAGCUGCCUUCUCAAAAAAAAACCUCUCUCCCUCUCUGUUCUUAGAGUGGGCUUAGUUAUCCUUGCUGCACGAAAGGGCAGGCAUGGCGGAAGGGGCGGCAGAAUGGGUUGCAGAUCUCCACGUUGGGCAGUCCUUUGCCGAUGUUGGCAGACUUGUGGCUCAAGGUAGGCAAUGCCUGGACCACUUUGGCUAAAGAAAGUGUACGCUUGUUUGAGGGAAGUGAGAGGGAAGGGGGAUUGGACAGACCAUUCCUGUUCAGGGUUGUAUUUUUAAACUGGCACCUCACUUGUACAUGCAAUUUGUUUUGAAGGAACUGGUGUUUGGGCUUAUUACUAGCUGUUAAAAUGCUAUCCUUGCCCCCACUUUUUUCUUCUUAAAAAAAGAUAGUUUACACGGAAGGCAGAGCUGCUUCGCUGCACUGGGAAGGCUGCAUGCAAAGUCAAAUAAUACUGUUGGCCAGGCUCCCCCUCUCACAAGGAGAACCCCAAAGCAAAUGGGGGAUGGCUUUGAUUUUUUGGGUUUUUUUCUGCCCAGGAGAGUCAGUGAAAACUGGUUUGCCAAGGCCCCCAAACUAGGGCAUUUUAACAACUGCCCCCCAAAAGAUAUGUAUGUAAAGAUACAACUCAUCUAAAACGAAAAUGUGCCCCUUACAUUAAAAUCACUUUUCUGCUGCUGUGCUAUGAAGAGUUUUGAGUCCUCCUAUUUUUAUUUUAAUAUCGUCUUCCCUACCCAACCCUGCCAACAAAAAAACACUUACAGGUUUUGGUUGGUGGGCGUGAAAAUACAUUUUUUUCUGCAAUUCAUUAGCUAGGGGAAGCUGAAGCAGCUUCUGCCUAAAUAUUCCACCAAGUAGUGACAUACCUCUAUCUUCCUCUGCCCCAGCCUGUAGAAUUUGACUACUGAACAUGUUUCCCUUAUCACACGGCUGCCACCACUUGAAACUGCCUCAGCUUGAGAUGUCUUCCUCAUGGCACAAGUUCGUAGGCAGCACUGAUCUCCCUGUGGCUCUUACGCAUUGUGGGCAACUGUACCUAAGCCAGCAACUGUGGGGAAUGUGUGGCACUGCCAGUAAAGCCCUCCAACCAUACCAAGGGGGGCUGUGUAUUAAUAGCAGCAUGGAGGAAGAAGAGAGACUCCAGCAGCAGUGCUGUAAUAAGCAAACCAAUCUUCCAAAAAGAGAUUGCAAAGUUAGAAGUAACCUAUUGCCAAGAUAGGGCAAUGCCUUCUAAAGUGAAGUUUUCGAGUGUAUUGGAAUACCUGAUAGAAGAAAGCCGUCAGCAAACUUUUGUUUCUUUCCAUGUUCUCUGUGAAAAGGUGUGUGUGUUGAUUACAAGACAGUCAUACAUGGGAAGCAUUUGGGAAUGAAAAUCAAGUGUUUCCAAGAGACAUAGGAAGAGACUUUGCACCUUUUAAGGCAGCUUGGGGAUGUACGUAGCUUCUUUGUACUCCUCCUUUCUUCCAGCUGGGAGAACGGGCAAUACAAAGUCUGGCUCUAAUUUGGCUUUUGGAUUUUUAAUAUAAAAUUAAAUGUUAUGGGAGUAUGCAGCAAAGAUGCAUAGCACUCUUUUUUUAAGAGGUGGGAGUUGCAAUGGAGUAAAUGGAGUUUAUCUAUACUUAUCCAUUAAAGUGGGUGAAUAGAGAGAUGAUUUUUGAAGGAAAAGCAUAAUUGUGUUGCGCACUGUGGCAGUGUGGUUUUAAUGGUACAAAUAGAUGGUGAAAACAAGGUCUAAUAUUCUGCAGUUCAUAACGACAGGUGCCAAGAGGUUCUGAUACGGGUUUUUUGGGGGGGCGUGUCUGUGAUGUACAGUGUGAAUAAACGCUUGCAGCUCUUAGUCUUUUUGAUCAAUGAAGCACUUUUUUAUUAAUAUUUUAUUCUUUGUAUGUAAAGCAGGACACUCGCGCCAGAUAGCUGUGUAUAUAUAAUACUCUUCUCUCCUGAAGAGGAGCGCAAAGUUGCUCCUUUAUAUUUUUCAAUUUUCUUUUGUCAAGAGCAAGACAUAAAUACUUUAGAAUUGUUAAAUAUAUAAAUAAAAGUGAAUAAAGUUUAGAGUUUUGCAUGGGA